AUGAAAUACAUUUACUGGCCGAAGGUAGCAGGUUUUAAUAAAAAUGACGCAAGAAUCGUGGUAGCGCUUCAGGCUCCUGAAAGCGAUUUGAUUGUUAUUUCCUUGUUAACGGCGCGCGAAACGAAGCUUUUGCAGAAGAGUAAUCGGUUCAAAAGAAUAGGGCACAUUGAUGGUAACAACGAAUUUGUAAGUGAACUUGAUGAAAAGGACAUAUGCAUAGUCGAGUUCUGGCCCCCUAAGCUAAACCUUAUGCAAUUUUAUGCCUUAGAGCCAAUUUCUCUUGCUUUACCAGAGAAGGCCGAUUCCACGUUGUUAUCGCGUGCAACAGGUGGACAACCUAGCCCAACAGAAAAGUUUCAGAUGCGGGAGUCUAUUAACUCUAUUAACUUAUACUACAAGCACUUACAAUCUCUGCGUGCUUUAAUUGGCAGGGCAGGGCCAUCUAACCGCGGUAUCCCUGUGCGUCGAAUCGCGCGCGCCUUGGCAGACCUUUGCGGACUGUUGCCGCUGCUUUCGGCUCUCCGGCAAGCUUUAACUUAUAUGAUAAUAUUCAUACACUCCUUUGCUAGGUUUCUAUCUGCUGUGCUCAAUUGGAACCCGCUCUGUUUGGUUAGCUUUUCCGCAACGGCGCAGCAGAUAGAUCUCCGAUCUCAGCAAUUUUGUUACUUUCCUGUUCAGUAUCUACGAAUCACAGAAAAUGCUGUUUUCAAUCGCAUGCGGCCCAGGUCUGAGCUUAGCGUUUGCCAUCCCAAAGAGAAGCAAGAAACACGUGGAAACGCCUCUGCCGGGGUUUUCCCAUGCGAAUACUACCCUGAUUACAUCAGAUUUUAUAACACAAUUUGGUUGAUUGUGAAUGAUGUAUCUUUCGGCCUUACAGUUGGCACGCUGCUGGCAGAAAACAAGCUGCGCAUUGCCAAAUUUAUAAACUUUCACUUGACAGACUACCUUUUUCAUAAGGUUCAUUACAUCACAGCAUACUUGGGUCAGAAUCCAUUGGGCAUAAAGUUGAACGGCGAGCUCGCACAUUUCCUCAGCGAACUUUUUCUUUGGAUUAUUGAUUUUUCAUACUCAACUUACAUCAGGCGAAUUCUGGAUGUGUCAAGCAUUCAAACGGUAAUCAGCAUCGUCUCACGGACUUCCUGCUGUUUUGGUGUAACUUUCGCACUUUCGCUCACAGUGGAUCUCAUGUCCGUUUUGUCAAUGCAUAUUUCCUUAUUUUACUACAUCAGUGCCAAAAUGUACCACUGGCAGUUGCAUGUCAUGCGGUCCCUCCUAUAUCUUUUCUGGGGCAAGAAGCGGAACUUGCUGAGAAAGAGAGUUGAUAGUAAUAUGUUCGAGCUAGAUCAACUGGUGAUGGGCACACUUUUUUUCACAAUGAUGGUUUUCUUACUUCCGACUCUUGCUGUGUUUUAUAUAUCUUUCACGGCCCUUAGGAUGACAAUUUUGAUGCCUGAACUGCUCCUUGAGUCUCUCAUGGCGCUGCUGAACCAUUUUCCUUUGUUUGUGCUUUUACUGAGGCUGAAAGACCCUAGCCGCAUCCCAGGUGGAGUAUCAAUGGAAGCAUUGGGAUCGAAGAAUCGUUUUGCCCUCCAAAAUAAUCCCUUAACUGUCUCUAGCAUGUUCCGGCCCUACUCGCUACUAAUGGGGAUGAUGGCAGAGAACUAUUGUUCGGUAGCUACCCUGAAGCAGAUUCUUGUUGGGCGGCCCAUUACCAUAAAACGAUACAAGAUGUACCAGGUGCUCUACUCGGCUCUUCCGAAGGUGCCAAUUGCGACGUCCAAGUUGUGGGAGGCCCUGAAGGGGUCUCGGCCAUCAUAA